UUUUUUUUUUUUUUUUCCUUCCUUCCUUCCCCCCCAGGACUGGAAGCAGGAUCCCUGCAACUGCUAUGCCAACUGAACUCCGCCGGCCCGUGAGAAUGCACGCCAUCUCCGACCUCCACUCCUCCCUCACCCUGCGACUCCUCAACAAGGGGCCCGAGUACCUCCGCAGGCAGAUGGAGGCAGGCACCCCUGGCAGGAAAAGUGCUGUGGAGAGGCUGGCGGCCGAUAAGGCCAAGUACGUGAAAAGCCAGCAGGUGAUCAGCACCAAGCAGGAACCCGUCAUCGUCCUCAGCUCAGCCUCCGAGAGCAGCAGCGAGACCUGUUCGGUGGAUAGCAAAGCCAUCAGCAGGGACUUUGCCAGAGGGACGGGCGCGAAGCCCCUGGAGCUGGCCAAGGCGGUGUACUCCUGCCGUGCCCCCCUGCAGCACGGCCCCCCCAUAGCCAGGCGCAGCACCCCCAAGAGGCAGAUGCGGCCGGACUCCUUGGUGAUUUACCGCCAGAAAUGUGAGUUUGGGAGAGGUCAGAGCCAGGACAGCUCACGGGGGAGCUUGGUGAGGAGGAUCUUCCAAGGGUCGGUAAAGGAGAAGCACUUGGCUUCUCCUGAGAUGCCCAGAGUCAUGGAGGAGACCGCAGCCACCGAGGGCAAAGAGCCUCUCGCAGCAAAAGACGGUGACCAUGAGCCGAGCAACCAUGGAGCAGGGCACACAGUCGCUGUGAGCACCAAAGCCCCAGGGGUGUGUACGAAAGAGCAUGAGAGACCCUCAAAACUGAGUAUACUUCCUGAGGAGGUUAAGGAGGUGAAGAGGAGAGGUCUCCAUCGCUCCCAGUCGGACAUAAGCUCCCGCUACUCCAAGUCCUUCUCCGAGUUUGAUACAUUUUUCAAGUACUGUGGCCUGGAGCAGGAGGUCAUUGAGGAUCUCGGGAGAGAGAACUUCUCCGUGGUGUCCGACAACGUCUCCUUCAAGAUCCGCAGCAUCAGCGUGGCAACGUCCGAGAGCGACUUCACGAGGCACAGCGGGGACGAGGGGCUGCUGGAGGAUGAACUCACAGAGCAGGUCCCGAGCAGCACCUCUGUGAUCGAGCGCAACGCUCGGAUAAUCAAAUGGUUGUACACGUGUAAGAAAGCCAGGGAGACUAACAAGGUGAUCCAGGAACUGGCAUGAUGGCUUCUUUCAGCGUGCAUUGCAGCCUGGGGAACUCAAGAAUCCUUGACUUGGAAGUUGAACAACACCAGACACAGGAGGAGACUCUUCCCUCAUCUGGAUCAUGACUACUCUGUCCAAGUUUAGUAUUUUAAUUCUUGCCUCCUACCCUCACCCUCAUCCCCUGGCAGCCGCACUCUUGUCACAAACGCAGGAACAUCCAAGAGCACGAUGGCAAGUGGAGAUUGUGAACUGUGCCCCAGCAAGGCAGCGGGAAAUGAAAGCUCCUGGAAAAGCAAAGCGUGACAGCAGCUGCCAUCCACGAUAAUAUUCAACAUCAGCUCACUGCCCCAGGAUGCCAUUCCAGGCUGUGACAGAAGGUCUGUGUUGUUCACCCGUCUCUCUCCAGCAAUGAAUUUGUUGACAGGGAUGGGGUGGGAGAAAGUGGGAAUGAAGUGGCAAUGACCUCUGGGUCAGGCGUUUCCUUGCAGGCAGACAGGCUCCACCUGGAUGUUGAAAGGCUUUGUCUUACCAGGGCUGUUUGACCAGGGCUCAUCCUGACAUGAUUAGACAUUAUUUGCUUGCCUGUUGAGGACUGUGGCAGCUUUAUCUGGCAUACUUGAUGAACACGUUGCAAGCUAAAUCCCUGCCAGGCCUCUCUUUCUCUGAGAGUAUUCAAGCCAAAUUGGAGUACCUUGUAUCCAUCUAGUUUGCUCUGUCACACAGCUUGCUCAGCCAGUGGGGAGCUACUUUAAAACCCUGCCCAAAGGGUUUUCAGGAGCAUGGUUCCAAGAAACAGGUAGUCAAAAAUGAGGGAGGAUUUUGCACUGUGACUGCCUCACUGCACAGUGGUACAAUUCACAUGUAGGUAGGCUCCUUCGCUUUGUUUGCAACGUGUCUCUGACUCUGACAUUGCAAACAUUGCAAGGUUUGGCAGCUUGCGGUUUAGCAGUGUUAAUUUUAUGCACUGUGAGUGAGCAGUGAGCUUAGAGAAUCACAUUGGGAAAUUGCACCCCAGGCUGUGUAAGGCCACACUUCCCUAGCGUGGGUCUGGAAUAGGGCUGUGCUUGGGAUGUGCAGGAUGGUAUCCCCAUGCUGCAAGUCAAGAAGGCAUGUUAGGGCACAGCUGUGCCAGGUAGAUGUCCUGAUGGGGUGAGACCCCCAGUGUAGACAGCGCCUUACUCAAUAUCAUCAAUAAAAUGCUACGUUUGGACUGGCCGAGCUGAAUGUGUUUUAAAAGCUGAUAAAAAGUACUUUGAAUCAUCAGUGUAGUGAAUGAGGCCUCUACAAUAACUCAUGGAAUUUGCUGGCUGUGCCUCAAACACUUAGCUCAAUACGUCAUUGCUUGCUAGAAAAUGUCUUGCACCAAAGCAUUUUCUUGUGGACAUUGCAAACCACAAAAAAAUGCAAAAAUAUCCCCCAGUCAAAGUGAAAGCCCAUUCCCCUUUCAGCUGCACCAGCGCCCGUGUGUGAUAGCUGCCCCGCCGGCCUGACGGUGACUUGACCUGGGGGUCCUGCAGAGGUUAAAAUUUUACUUUGUGUUGCCAUGGAUGUGGUGUCCUGGUGUCUGGCUUACCUGGCUGCAAGACCUGCAGUGUGAGGAGUCCAGAAACACCAGCUUUCAUUCUCUGAAUUCCUGCUGCCCGCGCCGUGGCAGCUCGCCCCGCUGCCUCUCCGCGCCCAAAACAGCUGUGGGCACAGACAGGCGGAUGCCGAGCUCAAGUGAGCACUCGAGCUGUGUUUUUCAAGUGUUUGCUACUCUCAGUAAAUACAUCUGGAGGAGCGGAAAGGGCGAGGGUGAGCAUCAAGGAUUCAGUAAAACAUUGGUGGUAGGAGAAACAGUUGCCCAUUUUAACCUACGCCAGCGCUGCACACUGGAAGAAUUGUCCUUGUGCUCAUCAAGCGGUUUAGUUAACGUCAGUUAAAUUCACAGCAAGAUCAUCCAGAUUGCACUUCCAUAUGUUUUAAAUGUGCGUGUCGGUCCCUGGAUGGUUAGUUCUCAAUUACAGCAACGGUUUGGGAAUGCAGGGCAUUUGUCUUCAUUUUCUAGUGUUACGUACUAAGGUCUACAUGUCUGAAGUUGUUGAGAUAGAUGGAUAACAAUUCCAGAUAAAAUAAUUGUUGAACCUACUUCCCCCUUGGAAGAAAACUAAAUAGUUUGUACCAGUGAGCUUCUGCAAAUUUAAGAGAGAGGGUAGUACAUGGGGAUUUUUUUGCUAAAUAAUGAAAUUUCCAUGUAUAUUUGUUACAUAAUUAUUAAAGGAUGAUUCUAAGAAAACUCCAGCACAAGAUGCUGCUAAUAUAAGAUUUAUGCACUUAGGGUGCAGGUUUUUUAAGGGACGCAGUCUAGGUUUAUUAGUCAGGAACACAACCUGACAUAUCUGCUCUUUUCAGGCUCACCUUGCAAGGUGCUGUACUACAUAAAUGUUUAUAUGCAUUUGUCCAAGCUAAGGCCUGCUUUUCUUUGAAAACAUGUAUGACUCUAGACAGCUCAGAGUGCAGGAAAAGUCUUUUGCAUUACAAAUCAGUGCCCUGCCACAGGAGAAGAGAUUUAUUUUGUUUUAUUUCCAAGGAAAUUUUUGGUUUCAUUUUCAACCUUCUGUUUGUUUUUGCUCUUUUAGUUGAGCAGUGCUCAAAAGUUAAGGUGAAAGAUGCAUUGGUCAUGAGUUUUCAGUGUUAGGAAGGAAUAUGUUUAAUUUGCUUGUAAGUACUGAACAGCAGCCUUUCUCAAAAUUGAUGAAGGUUUUAUGGCAGAUCUGAGUGAAGUCAGAACUGGCUCCGUUCUGAAUAUUUUUUUAAUCCCUCUUUUUGUCUUUAUGAACAGUUCAGUGGGGUUGUGGUGACUUUCCAGACUGAUACAUGGCAAAAUUUCCCUGGCUUUGUUCAAACUGAUAGGAACCCCAAGUAUCAUUUACUUCAGAGACAAUGUGAAUCUAUCCAAGAUCUUUCCCUGAUAAGCUAUAGAUUGUCUUUAUUUAAUAAUAGCUUCUGGGUAUGCUAAUAACCUACCUUUCCUGGUAUGCCAAAACAACAGUAGAUGACAAUCCUUCUUUCUCCAUACAUCUUGGGAAUGGGUAAUCCAGUGAUUUUUCCAAGGAGUGGGAACUCUGGGCUUCACUCAGCUCCUGUUACUGUUACAAGUAAAGGUUUUUAAUUACUUCUGCUGGGUCUUUCAGUCAUGUCCCUCAAAAUGAGAAAAACUUGCUAAUGUUAGUCACUACCUAUCUUUUUCCCAAAAUAAUUCUUGAGAUUUUUUUUUUUUUUUAACUAUUUGAUUAUUAAAGACAUGCUUUAGAAGGGGUGGGAUUUUUCAGCUGUAGAAAUAAACUGCGGUAAAGCGGGCCAUGGUGGUAUGAACAGAAAUUUUAGCAAUGGAGUUGGGUUUACAGUCUUUUGGGAAAACUAAAACUGGGGCUGAGGGAAAAAGCAAAUAAUAAAUUGAAUUAUUUAAUUUGACUAGAACUGUGCAAACUAAAAUACUCAAAUGGAGUGCAAGUGAGCAGUUGCUAACUUCUAUUUACACCCAAGUGUUUCAAGGUGCUCCAGUGCUGUGACAAGGGGCAAUGUCUGUGGCUGUAGUGUAACUGGCAAAAGGUACAAAGUCUGUCUUUUAUGUCCUGGAAGCAAGUAUUUGCAAUAAAGGCAUCAGAUAGAGACUGUAAUCUUUGCAAUAUAUUGUAAAUAUUACUUUACAGAAAUCUAUAAGAAAUAUAAAUUGUUCAAAUAUAUUAUGUAUAUUACUUUUCUAAGGGAUAUAAGCCCUCCUGUUUUGUGAAAUUGGCCAAACAUUGCAUCGAUGAGGAUUAGGCAGAAACUUUCUUCUGGGAGCAGGUUGUCCUGUCAUUGCCUCCUGUGAAGUUUCUUGCAUCUGAAUCCUUUGAAAUGGAAUACUGGUUGGAUCUGGUAUGGACAUUUCUAAGUUGCUAUGUUUAUAUCCCUGUGAAAGAACCUGUGCGCUAUUGAAUGCAUACAAAUAAAACUACCACUCUGAAAGUUAA